CAACGAUGUUUUUUGAACUCAUUACGUAUAUUAAAAAUAAGAAUGAUGGUAACUCAAAAAGUUGUUAUUUCAAAAGAUACGUUAUUAAAAAAAUUUCUAUGGAAAAUUGUUAUAGUCUCUUGAAGCAAAAUAGAGAGAAUAGCAAUCAGGUUAAUGUUGAUCAAGAGGGCUUUUGUGGUCAAACAAAGAAGGGUAUGCGACAUGGAAUUGGUGUUUACUGCUAUAUGAAUUCAUUUUUCAAGUAUGAAGGUGACUGGUUUCAGGGGGUUAAACAAGGUUGCGGAACCUUUUUUAUGAGGGAUGGUAGCUAUUAUAAAGGAUGUUUUCUUAAUGGAGAAAUUCAUGGACGUGGAGAACGAUAUUGGGCUCAUUCCAAAAAUCUUUUUGUCGGAUUAUUUGAUUUUGGAGAAAUAAAUGGUGAGGGUGUCAUGAAAUAUGGAAAUGGUGAUAUGUAUGAGGGAACAUGGUUGGAAAAUAAAAAAGAAGGUAAUGGUAAACUUAGGUAUGCAGAUGGAAGUGUUUAUAGUGGAGCAUUUCAUUUGAAUAAACCUCAUGGAGAAGGAAGACUGAUGUUCAGCAAUGGAGAAGAGUUUAUUGGUGAAUGGGUAAAUGGUAUGAGGCAUGGGCAUGGCAUAUAUCAGUAUCAAGAUGGUAGUUUGUAUGAAGGUCAAUGGCGUUGUAAUCAAUUUCAUGGGGAAGGAAUUAUGACUCACUCUUCAGGAAUUUAUUAUAAUGGAUUAUGGAUUAAUGGAAGACCAUUAUUGGAGCCAUGUAAGAUGUUAUUUGAUGAAGAUGAGCCAUUGACGAUUUUUCAAGACUCUAGUCCAUUUUCUCUUAGUAUCACAUGUUUAACUGACAAACAAGCAGUUACAAAUGAAUGUGGAAGAUUAUUGAAAGUGAGUGCUGGUGUUUUAGCGGUUAAUAAACUUGGCAUCCCUGCUCCCAAAGAAUCAACAAGAAUCUUAGCAAAAAUAGGGAAUGAAAACAUUGAGCUGGAAACUUAUCCGUUAGUUACAGAAGUUAUUAGGAGUACUUCGCCUUCAGAAGUUGUUACUUCACCUAUUAAAACAUGUUUGGUAGAUAAUUUCAUACCAGUGAGUGAGAAGGAGACAAUACCAACUGCUAUUGCUGAAACAGUUGAAAAUAAGCCACCUCAGCCCCAAGCAACAAACAAUGGAAAAGUCACAUUUAAUAAGUUACUUCUGCCACCUUUGUCAAUUGCUGUUGCUGCAAGUUCUUCUAUUUCAUUAUCACCAGAUAAAGUUGAAGCACAGCCUACUAAUAGAAACCGUAAACCAAGCGUUCCCCCUUCAUACAAGGUUGAUCUCCAUGAAAAGAAACGUAAUGAUACUAAAAAAAAAGAAGCUUUCAAUGAGUUAAAGAAAGAAGACACGUUAAAUAAAAAAUUUUGUAAACCAGGAGAUUACAUAAUAAUUGUUGAGGAUGUAACAGAAAAUCCAUUCUUGGAUAUUCGUUUGGAAACAAUCUACUUUCGCAUCAAAGUUCUUCCUACAAAUGUAUUUGAAAAAUCACAAUAGCUGAUAUGUUCUUCUUCUGAUAUGUUCAAUUCUCUUUGAAAAGUUAAAAUAAUGUUUGCAUAGUAUAGUCAGAAAUAUUUAAAUAUAUAUAUAUAUAU